UCCUUGGAGUUACAUGCGAGGCUGCGACCGCGACAGCACUCAAUCUGUUGCUUCGUUUUAAGGAUCAGAGUCCGCUGUAGGGUAAAGGCUUCAGCUUUCUUCUCUAUCGGAAAAUCCCAUUUCGUUUUCUCCAAGUCUCUUUUUCCUUGAUCUUUUCCUGUACUUUGUUGUGAGUUUCAACUUCACUAGAGCUCAUGAACUGCCAAAUGUAGCAGCUCUUGAAGGAUAGAAAAGCGGAGACUUGCUGUAAAACAAAAAGAGACUGCUUCAUGGGUGGGUCGAAAAUACAAUUUUGAGCGAAUUGAUGAAAAUAAACUACUCAACGAAGCUACUCUGAAACCUGAUUUUGAAAAUGGAAGGAGCUUGUGGCCGGCAAAACCUUCUUAAUUAACUAUUUGAGUUCUGCAUGAAAUGGAUGGGGCAAAUAGAUUAUCUACCCAUAAAUUGGUACAGUGUCGGAUAUGUCAUGAUGAGGAUGAAGACUCGAACAUGGAGCCUCCCUGUUCUUGUAGAGGCAGUUUGAAGUAUGCACAUCGAAAAUGUGUUCAAAGAUGGUGCAAUGAGAAAGGUGAUACUAUCUGUGAGAUUUGCCAACAGCAAUUCAAGCCUGGUUAUACAGCACCGCCUCCACUAUUCCAUUAUGGUAAUUCCCCAUUGAAUUUUAGAGGUAACUGGGAGAUAUCCAGAAGGGAUCUGCAAAAUCAUCAGUUCAUAGAUAUGUUUGCUGCUGCUAAUCGAGAACUCUCAGACACUGAUGAGGAAUACUCAGUACCCUCGACAGGGAGCCUGGUCUGCUUUCGCAUUGUUGCAAUUAUUUUUAUCGCUCUUCUUGUUUUACGCCAUACCCUUCCAAUCAUACUCAGUGGAGGAGGGGAAUACUCGUUGACUAUUUAUAUGUUUCUGUUCAUGAGAACAAUCGCAGUACUUCUACCUGUAUGUAUAAUGGUAAAGGUAUUUACCAUUAUCCAAAGGAGACGAUUCCAGGAUCAGUACUCCUCUAUUCUGCAACAUGAGGAGAAUGAGUUGGAACAGCCUCAGUCUCGUGUCAUUCAUAUCUUGUAAAGGUCUCAAGAUUAUUGCUAAUGAUGAGAAGGUGUGGAUGGAACAGACCAGCACGGUGAAGGGCACUCUUUGAUCUGAUGGUCACUUGGGGAUUGAUUGUUCAAUAUUUCCAUGAUUAUGAUGGCGAACUAGGCAGGAUGAAUUGCAGAGUCAAUUACUUACUAGGCCGUCAUUUCGAUUAAAUUAUUUGAUGUAAUCAGAGACAACGGUUGUACAUAUGUAGAUAUAAUGGGUGGGGCGGGAAACAUAUUAACAACGCCAUAUAUUUUACUUCUCAAAUGUUAAAAUCAUACAUGUAUUAUUAUAUUGUUAUUUUAUUCUUUGCUCUUUUUUUUUUUCCG